GGAGUGUCUCAAUGUUUACUCAGUGCGUAGGUGUGGUGAAGCCUUCUGCCUGAUGCUGCAGUGAACCAUGGAUGAUAUCUUCCAUUGGUGCCGUGAAGGGAACACCGUGCAGGUGCGACUAUGGCUGGACGACACAGAACAUGACAUGAACCAGGGCGACGACCAUGGCUUCUCGUUACUCCACUGGGCUGCCAAGGAAGGACAUGUGGGGAUUGUGGAGAUGCUGGUCACUCGGGGCGCUCGUAUCAACUCCACAAACUUGGGUGACGACAUCCCACUCCAUCUGGCCGCAGCUCAUGGACACCGCGAUGUUACCAGUCUCCUCCUUCGACAUAAAGCAGACGUCAACUUCAUCAACGAGCACGGCAACACCCCUCUCCACUACGCAUGUUUCUGGGCCUACUCGCUGAUCGCCGAGGACCUGGUGCAGGCCGGGGCUUCAGUCUCCAUCGCCAAUAAGUAUGGUGAAGUUCCUCUAGACAAGUGCAGGGGCGUCAUGGCCAAGAAGCUUCACACCAUGGCAGUUGACAGUGGCCAGAAUCUGGAGAAAGUGGCCUUCAAGGAUCAGAGUUGGCUGGGCUUCAAGACUCGCAGUCGUGAUGCGACAUUGUCCCGACACAAGGGCAUCAACAUUAAUGAACUGGCACUGCACACAAAAAUUGCUGUGAGUCCUUCUGGAGAACUGUGGCGAGGCAAGUGGCAAGGGAAUGAAAUAAUCGCCAAGAUCUUAGCUCUGAGGGAGUGCUCGGCUCGCAUCUGCCGGGACUUCAACGAGGAGUUUCCACGCCUGAGGAUUUUCUCUCACCCAAAUGUUCUUCCUGUCGUCGGGUGCUGCAACAGCCCCCCCAACCUGGUGGUCAUCACACAGUACCUGCCAAAUGGGUCCCUCUUCACACUCCUACACCAAGAUAGUGGUAUUGUGGUCGACACUGCACAGGCGCUCAAGUUUGCCCUUGACAUUGCUCGUGGGAUGGCCUUCAUCCACUCACUGGAGAAGUUGAUCCCCAACUUGUAUGUUUCAUCCAAACACAUCAUGAUUGAUGAUGAUCUAACAGCGCGUGUCAGCAUGGCCGAUGCCAAGUUUUCAUUCCAGGAGCGAGGCAAACUCUACUCCCCACAAUGGUUCUCUCCUGAAGCUCUCCAGAAGAAGCCAAAGGAACUUAACAUCAAGGCAGCUGACAUGUGGAGCUUCGCCGUCACGUUAUGGGAGAUGGCCACUCGUGAGGUGCCCUUCGCUGAUCUCACCCCCAUGGAGGCUGGCAUGAAGAUCGCGUUGGAGGGUCUCCGAGUGAGUGUCCCUCCGGGUAUAUCUCCUCACAUCUCCAAGCUGGUACGCAUCUGUAUGAACGAGGACCCUGGGAAGCGGCCGUCCUUCGAUAUGAUUCUCCCAAUUCUGGAGAAGAUGUGCACCCAGUGAACUGUCUCCAUGAGCGAGGGUGAGGAGGAGGUGAGGCAGUUAAGACGUACCGUAUGUGUGCAUUGUCUUGAAGGAAAUAUGCCUGAAGUGUAUCCAUUACAACAACAGCGUGUGUCACUUUGCUGAGGAGAGAUGAUUUUAAUGUACGGUAACUAUAUAUGCACAUUUAAAUGAACUAAUAGUCAAUAGCUGAACAAGUUGGUGCAUCGUUCGCCUAAACCAACAUCUUAUCACACACAUUCACACAUACACUUUUAAUAAUAAAUAAUAUCUUGCAUUUUUUUCUGUGUAACCAAUAAAUAAAUCUUAUCAUAUCAUUGUAUGCUAUCAUCUAAAAGUGCAAUAUAAGUCAGUAUGUAAGUACAGUACAGUAUAUGGAUGUUUUUAUAAUUGGAAUUUUAUCUUCAAGAGGUUAUUUUCUUAGCAGGAGGAGGACAACUCACUCUAAUACCAUGUAAGUCGGUCUCUCCUGUGUGUUCUCCUCUGGGUCAUGUACUUGCCAUCACUUCUUGUCGUUAAUAUUUUACCUCUUGUUAUAUAUGUUGAUAUUUUAUUAUUGUUAUCAGUCAUAUCUUUUACACCUGUUCUUAUCAUCAUAGAGGAACGAUAAUGAAAAUGACGACUUUUUUAUGAGUCGGCCCACAGCACCAGUCAUGUGGGUGUGGUGAUACAUCUUACAGAUAUUGAUGAAAUAUGAUAUCUAUAUUUCCUUAUAACUUAUCUGGAUGUUUGUAAACUAUUUAAGUUUUUAUGACAAGUUGGUGUUUAAGUUACACUACAUUAAUGGGAUAGACUGAAAGUUUUUGUAUAAUUUAAGUCAGAAUGAAAAUAAUUUUAUAUGCAACAGCCAAAUAAUUAUUGAUUUAAGAUGCUAAGUCAAAAAAGAAAUACUUGUGUCUUGUGCAAGAAAUAUUAACCCUUAAACUGUGGUCAUCAUCAGUGGAUGUAUGCUGUAAGGACGAUGGUCAUCAUCAGUGGACAUAUGCUGUAGGGAUAGCGGCCAUCAGCAGUGAAUGUUUUAUGUUGUUUGCGUACCAUUUUAGCGCACAUGAGGGUGGAUUAUGGAAACUUAGCCACAGUUUAAGGGUUAAGCUGUCAGGCUUAUAUUGUCAAAAAUGUCACAUGUAAUUAUUAGUAGACUAGGACACCCUCAUACAUGGAGGUGUUGAGGACUCAUGACCUGUGUUUGUGCCAAGUAGUUAGCCAAUGUGGAGUUAAUUUUCCAAUUUCUCACACGGUGCAAUUGUAUAAUAGUGAUGUAGGUUAGAUAUAGUUCCUCACAUUAUUGCAUUAUUAACAAAGCUUAAAAAGAUCCAACAGAGGUGUAGGUUAGGGUAGAUUUUAUAUGAAAACACAGCAUGGUUCAACAAUGUAUGUAACCAAUGAAAACAGUGACAUUGUUAAAACAUAGUGGAAUAUGUCAUAAAGUAUUAUCAUUAUUAUGUACAGCUUAUGAAUUGUGUAGUCAUCUUCGAGUGCAAAAGUCAAGCAAUCAUAUAAUACAAUUAGCGUUAGAUUGUCUGCUUUGAUAUUAUGGUACAGUACAGUACAGUGUAGAGUAGUCCGAGACAUUUGUGCUGGUCCUCUACGUGUGUGUCCUUAUGCCUUGUCUCUAGAGAGUGAAUUAUCUACGUAUUUACUGGAAAUGAAUGUGUUAACAUUGGGCAAAAUAUGGGACUGACAAAAUAAGUAAAUAUCUGGCUUUAGUGACCGACAGUUACAGCGCCCGGGGAUAGUGUCGGUGAAUCAAAACGUGUAAGACAUGGACUUUCUUGAGGCACGUCCCCUGUGAAAAUAAUUGCUCCUUUCUGCUCAUGGAAAUUAAUAAAAUGAGUCCCAUUUUAAGUCUGGUGUGUAAACCAUUCAUUUAGUGUAGCUGUAUGAGUUUGGUCAUGUAGUCGCCUUACGUUAUUUUUCAAAUGAGAACAUCACAUGUUAUCUAUGCAACUUGUAAUAUAGUAGUACUUCCUCGCCUUUGAUUUCUCUGUAAUGUAAAGAUAUUUCCACACAUGAUACGGCAAGUAAUGCAGUGUGUCCGCCUAUAGCUGGAUGAUGGUAUUACGUGGCCUCACAUACCACCACAGCUCUGCCGAUCAUGUCUGGAAUGACUGUCUUAUGCGCAUAGUUUUAACCUCAAACUUCAUCACAUUUAGUAUUAGUUUCCAAUAUGAUUAUCAGUAAAAAUGUAUAAUUAAUCAACUGUAUACUGGUCAGGGUUCUCCACACUCACUUUUAACAAGGCCGGCCACCUUUCAGUAGUUUUUGGCCAUCGGUGCCGUGUUAUAUUUCAAGGCCACCAAGCUUGGGCAGCGUGUCCACAGAGUUCCUAGGCUUAGCGUGUGUGUGAGGCUGGCUGUGGAGUGAUCUCUGUGUCAGUAUUGUUCAUGAUAAAUUGACCACCGUGACGGAUCAGUAUUAUUAUGAAAUCUUCCUUGGAUACGUCUCUCUUCCUCACAGUGUUCCCAGACCACCUCUCAUGUCUCUUCCUCCUCCUCACAGUGUUCCCAGACCACCUCUCACCUAGCGUAUGACUCUGUAGUGUGGACGACCCUGACUCAUAGGUAUUAUGGUGCAUUUUUUUCCCCCUAACUCUGAUGCCUUAUUGCAUUUGCAGUGAUUUAUUUUCUUUCAUUGCAGGUGAAAGAUUUUGGUGCUAAUUUUUAAGAGAAUCUUUGAGGAGAAGAAAAUAGUUAUCUGGUAGAAAGUAAAAUUGUGUAAAUAAUUGUAUUCAAGUGAGUUAUUGGAAAAAGGUUAAUACCAGUGACUGUUAGUAGAAUAAAGUUCAACACUAUAUAUACUAUAUGUUUUUUUACGAUGAAGUAGAUAUAUCCAAAUAGAAUAAUCACGUUUAACACAUCUUAAUGGUUUCUUUGACUCGUGUGAGAAUGGAAACAUUUCAGAUAUGGUUUCAUUUAGCUUAAAACUUCAGUCACUUCCAGUCAGAAAAUAUCUAAGCUCUUUAAUUUUGUACAUGACAAUUUUUUUUAUUUUUUUUUUUUCUGACAUGAAUUUUCCUCUUUCUGUGAAUAUGAGAAAAAGAAGAUAAACAAGGCAUUGAAAAAAUAAUUCCCUAAAGGUUUCUGAUAUAUUUUGAAGCAUAUAAUUUUUUUCUAUUUUUCUUCUUCUUAGACUUAUAGGCUAAGCAUAGAAGAAAGUCGUGUGGAUGUGUUUUGGAAAAUGAACACCCUAGUGUAUAACAGAUUAGGGGGCAUGAUUCAUCGCUCUGGUUAUCGUAAAUUGCCUUAUUGAUCGACCUGGGGGGGGGGGGUACUGCGAUGGGUUAGUGUCGGGUGUGUGCGUAAGUAAACAAUGCCUCGUAAAUGAUCUCUCUAAUAAAUUUGUCUUCCUUUUGUGAUGGAUCAGUAAACGCCUCCAUCAAUCCGACGCGUUUGUUUGUUUUAUCAAGGUGAUGUCACUUCAAUGCACCGACACUUAUACGAUGCCAUCACUUAGAUAAUAGGCUGACAUCAGGAUUAAGGUGAUGUUAAUAAGUUGAAAUCAGUUGCUAGCUGAGAUCAGUAGUAAGCUGACAUCACAAAUAAAUUGACAUUACUGUAUAUUAACAAACUGACAUCACUAAUACUGUACUGACAUUAAUAAAUUGACAUUCCUAGUAUUGACAUCAAUAAUUAGCUGACCUUACUAGUACUGACACUAAUAAACUGACAUUACUAGUACUGACACUAAUAAACUGACAUUACUAGUACUGACACUAAUAAACUGACAUUACUAGUACUGACACUAAUAAACUGACAUUACUAGUACUGACAUUAAUAGACUGACAUCACUAGUUCUGACAUUAAUACACUGACAUCAAUAGUACUGACGCUAAUACUCUGACAUCACUAGUACUGACAAUAAGCUGACAUUAUUAAACUGACAUCACUCAUAAAGUGACAUUAUUAAACUGACAUCACUCAUAAAGUGACAUUAUUAAACUGACAUCACUCAUAAAGUGACAUUAUUAAACUGACAUCACUCAUAAAGUGACAUCAGUAAUACUGACAUCCUUAAUAAACUGUUUACCUCCAAUAAACUGACAUUAAUUACAUAAAGAUAAUAAACUGACAUUGCUCGAGUUAACUGACAUCACUAACUACCGCCUCUGUGACAUAAGUUAACUGACAUCACUAACUACCGCCUCUCUGACAUAAGUUAACUGAUAUCACUAGCUACUGCUUCUGUGGCUUAAGUUAACUGACAUCACUAACUACUGCUUCUGUGACUAUAGUUAACUGACAUCACUAACUCCUGCUUCUGUGACUUUAGUUAACUGACAUCACUAACUACUGCCUCUGUGACUUCAAUAUCAUAAAGGUUGAACAUUUUAAGUAGAGAUGAAAAUGGUUUUGAUAUGUGAAGUGAAGAAAACAUCAACACUAAUUUGAUAACUUAACACUACUCACAGUCAUUGAUGUCCUCGUGAUGGAACAGCGAUUAUAACAAAUAAAGUCUGAAAAAGAGUAAUUAAUAUCAUUGACAAACGUGCACAUAAUGGCCAUGAACAAUAUAUUGAUGACCCUUGGUGAGUUGCACUUUUGUCCGAUGGUGAGUUGCACUUUUGUCCGAUGGUGAGUUGCACUUUUGUCCGAUUUACACUUUUGUCCGAUGUUUUCCCUCUCCCUUCAAAAGAUGAUUUAAAUUAUGUUAAAGAAUAUAAUGAUGUACAAUAUUAUCCUCAAAAUUUGGUGUGAAGAAACCAUCGUGCGGCAGCAUCGAUAAAGAUGGCCGCUGCCGAUGACUUUGAUAUAUCGUGUGUUGUUGGUCCACGUGGUCGUGCCUUACGUGUCUCGUCUCGUAGUCUAGGGUCCACUCUGUCCAGCACAAAAGUUAAUGCUGUCCAGUUUAUUUGUGACUGUGCCGGUAAAUAUAAGCUGUGGACGGAGCUUCUUGGUUGCAUUGUGUUGCUCAUAUUGACAAGUACAGUACAUUAAUGUGAACUCCAUUGUUUAGUUUAGGACUGAAUAAGUAACCUUUCCUUUAGUGUUAAUACAGUAGUUGAUUUGCUGUAAUAUUUAAUUUCAUAUGAUUUUAUGAAUUGAUACAGUAUCACCCAGGUAAAUGAUUCAUUGUGUGACUUGUGCCUGACAUACUGUACAGUGACACAUAAAUGCAUACAAAGUGCUCCGGGCAAGAGGUAGACAAGUGACAAUAGUUUAAAAAGAAAAAUGCCAGAAAACACAACUAAAGUUUAAGGGGAAGAUUAUAAUAAUACAGUACAGUAAACACAUCCAAACCUGCAGUGUCACUUGCUUGUCUUGUUCUGACCCGGAGCAGCUCGACAGUACAUAGAGUAAUAAUAUGAGGAGUAAAACACAACAUUUUGUUUGAUUGAUGAUAUAUUUGUAAUUUGUUUGAGAUUGAUUUGCUGUCAUCUUAAAGUGAGAGUGACAUAUUGGGUGACAUCUGUGUUGAGAAAAACUAGAAAUAAAUUUAUGCUUGCUUAUUUCUGCAGUAUACUUGGUGAGUAAAUUUUGUAGGAUAAUUAGCAUAAAAAGUACAGUAUUUUUGCUUUUGUUUUGUAAUGAAGUGUUUAUUAGCUUUUAUGUACUGUAGUUACGUGCAAGUUCUAUCACUAGGUUAACCGACAAUGACCCUAUUUUCUGAAUCAUCAUGACAUCUCAGCUUCAAAAGGCAGUACAGUAUAAACUUUCACAUGAAGUAUAUCAGAAAAAUAUUCCUAUCAGAAUUUUCAGCACUAGACAUAUGCAUUAAAUGAAAGAAGUCACAAUGACCAGGAAUUAUAUGGUACUGUUUUCUGCACCUGUAACAUUGUAAUUAUUUUUUAUCUUAUUAGAAUGUUUAAUGAAUUAAUUCUUUCCACUGUAGGACACUGCAUUAAGGACUUAGUGUUGCUGUGUUUGGUGGUGUUAACCAUUGGUCCACACUCUGACUCUUAACCCUUAAAUGGUGGUUAUCAUUGGUGGAAGUUUCUUGUUACCCUGUGCUUAAAGUUUGUGCACACGGGGUUAGUCCUUCGCCGCCACUUAAGGGCUAAGAAUAAUAACUUUAACUUUCUAGGUUAGUGAAGUCCAUUGACUCAGAUUUACCGGUAAAUGCGUAGUAACUUAUGUUAAAUAGACUGACCAAAACUGUAUUAUCACCGGUGUUUGUCGAGCGGGGUGUUGUGUUGCCCAGGGCUUACACAGCUUAAGUUCUCACAUUUCCUCGGCGUAAAAAUACAAGACGAAUCUCUUCUGCUUUUGUGAUUUUCUUAAAAGUGUUCUUAGUGAGUGCCUUUUAACAGAUCAUUUUGUAUAUUUUUAUGUGUUUCACCCGAUUGCCAGUGUCACUAAUUUAAUUUCGUAUUUCAUAUGUAUGGACUGUUUGGUCUUACUAAUAGUGACUAAGUUUGUAUAAAACACUGCCACUUUAUGUUAAACUAAAAGCCUCAACCAAAAUAUUAAUAAUUAUGUAUUACUAGACCAAUUAAUAAAUGGAUGUAAUUUGA